AUGGCCUCCUCCACAGCAGUGGUGCAGUCAAAGGGCAGAGCUGCGCCCCAACAGGAAGAGUGCUACAGAAGAGCCCUGAAAGUGGCUCUGGAGAUUCUGAAUCAGAGAAAACCAGAUGCGCAGGAGACCACUGCGCCAUCCCAGAAGGUGCCAGCAAGGCGAGCCAGGCGCCCCCCUCGUAGAAAGCGUCGGAAACGCAAGGGGAAGUCAGGGAGGGGUCCUGGCAAACGUGAAGACCCGGGGUCACUGUUGGUGCGUUCAGAGAGCAAGGAGGGUGUGCACCGUGGUGCGUCACAGGUGCGCACAGCCGUCACUCCUACCAUAGGAGACACUCAGACAAAGGCAUCCCACAGCGCCAGUGCCCACCGAGAUUUCCUGACACUUUGGGAGCACGAGGGUGAGGAAGAGGGCAAGACAAAGGCAGACACCUCCACAGCUGUGUCCUCACGUCCCCCAAUCGGGGAGGAGGAUGCAUGUGCUGAAGACCAACAGGUGGCUCCAUCUAGGCCACCGGGGCUGGUCCCCACUGUGCCCACAGCUCUGGACAGAGAGGCACAGGACACCUACUGGAAGGCCCUGGCUGCCUCCUCUGCAUGCUCAGACUGUGCAGGGAGCACUGAGCCACCUGCAGAGGGUGCGGGGGAGCUGGGCCUGGAAGGUGCCACAGCAGCCCGCACACCCCCGCCCCCGAGGCGGCGGUACUCGCUCCGUCUUGCGGAGAGGAAGAGGAAGCUUCAAGUGCCACGUUUGGAGAAGGGACUGCAAGAGCCUCACCCAAAGCCUACUAAGCCCAUCACUGCUCUUAAAACAGCUGGCGGUAAACGACGGGGGCGACCCUCCAGGAUUGCAUCCCAGCCGGAGCCGUGUCCCAUUGAAACAGGAACCAUGGUCUGGUUUAAAUUUCAAGACCUUCCGUUUUGGCCGGCGGUGGUAAAGAGUGUCAGCAAGGCAGAGAAGACCGCCAGGGUGCUCCCGAUUGAGGCAAACCUGCGCCCUGAGAAGAGCGGCAUCCGCGUCCCUCUUCGGAGACUAAAGCCCCUGGAUGGUAAAGAGAAGGAGAAGCUACUGAAGAGAGCCGAGAAGGAGUACAGGCAGAGCGUCAACUGGUGCCUCUCCCUGAUCUCCCACUACCGAGAGGGACUCGCCCGCGGCUCUUUUGCUGGCUCCUUCCUCCACUACUACGCUGCUGACGUCAGCUACCCGAUGAGGAAAGCCGUCCAAGAGGGGGACCUGGAGAUUGAAUUUCCAAAGGUGAAUUACGCAGACCUGGAGGAUUCCGAGGAGGAGGCCUCCCCGCGCGGGAAGAGGCCCUGCAAGAGAAUUCUCCCGGACCGGAUGCGGGCCGCUCGGGACCGAGCCAACCAGCAGCUGGUGGACUUCAUCGUGAAGAGAAAGGGGGCUGACCACCACCUUCUGGACAUCUUGAAAGGCAGGAAACCGUCCAGAUGGCUCACGUCAUUUCUCAGUUCAAACAGGUACUUGGUCUGCAUCGAGACAUACCUGGAGGAUGAGGAUCAGUUGGAUGUGGUGGUCAAACAUUUACAGGAAGUCUACAAACACAUAGACCGUGCCAUGCUGACUCGGAUAAGAGAUGACAAGGUCAACUUCCUUCUGGAAGUCCUUCUGCCGGAAGCAAUCAUUUAUGCAAUUGCCACACUUGAGGGGCUAGAGUACCAGGCAGCAGAAGAGAAGUACCUGCGGGGACCACCCGUGCAUUACCGCGAGAAAGAGCUCUUUGACAAGAAUAUCUUAAGGAAAACUAGAAAGAAAGCAGCAGCCAGCAGGGGAGCUUAUUAG